AUGGAAGGCAUUCCAAUAGGGAGGAAACUCAACAUAUUAGCACAUGGAAGCUACCAUGAGCUUGUUAAGAGACUUGAGAACAUGUUCGACACCACCAUUCUCUGGGGUACAGAGAUGGAUGAAGUUGUAGUUCAACCUGGUGAGAGAUGCCAUGUAUUCACUUAUGAAGAUGACGGAGGAGAUCUUGUUAUGAUUGGGGAUGUUCCUUGGGAUUUGUUUCCCCCUGUAAAGAGGUUGAAGAUCACAAGGGUAGACACAUUCACUACCUUUUGACAAUGCAGAUCUCUAUGUGUUUUGGAUUAAUUAGGUAGCUUCAGAGACACCACUGAGGUUUCCAAUUUUGUUCUUAGUACUACUACUACUAGUGUAGUCUUAAUUACAAGUGUUGAAUCAUCAAAACUAUGCACAAAGUUAAGUCCUCAGUUAUAUAUACUACAUGCAUAGCUU